AUGACCGUUGGGACCGCCAAGCAACGAGACGAAAAGGGGUUGGAGAGCGGACAGGUGGAAAGGAUGAGGGCGGGAAGAGCGGUGGUUGCUAAGGUGCCCAGGCUGGCAGGUGCCAGACAUGCUGCGGAAGGUGCACUGGUCUCGCCCGGACGAGGUAGGCAGGCAAGGCAGGCAGCUCCCUCAAGCACCCAGGCCCUCGGCUCGGAAGGUGCUGCUGAGUGUCGAGUGCGACUUGUGCUUCGCGAAAAAGAUAGGCAUCCAGUUCAUCAUCGCAAGGCACCCGAUGGCCCUAUCUGCUGCUCAUCGGCUCACAUCCUUGACCAAAUCAACAGACGCAAGAUAGCCGCUGCCGUGCGGCAUGCGAGCCAGCUCGCCGGCGCCGCCAAUGCGAAGACGCUUGGCGUGCCCACCUUUGCACGACCAGACGGCGACCGCCAGAGCCAGACACCAUGGCCUAACGUCGUCGAGGCCCCGAGGGAUGCGAAUCAGCCGGAUGCCUCCAGCAGUAAGGACCAUGCGUCCCAGUCGUCAGGCUUCUCGCCGACCGUAAGCACGCGGAAACCUUUCCGCCAGGGACUCCUCAAGCAGGAGUACGAGCACCGUCCGGCGAGAACGCCGAGACCCGAUAUUAUGAGGGCGCAUUCGCAUGGUGCCGGCACGCAGGCGCAGACCAUGUUGGAGUUUGAGCUGCUGGCCGGCAAGGGCAUGGAUGUCGGGAGGCGGGAGGUGCUGAAAGCUGCCGUCGCCCUCUCAAAUCAGCCUUCGACGACGACACCGCAGAUUGACCCCGAGGCCGAGAUCUACAGUGGACUGGACCUUGAUGACGAGUCCAUGUACCCCUCGGCAGAAGUUCUGCAUUUCAUUCUUGACGCGCCCGCGCAACAUCAAAGCGUCGGGCUGUCCUACAUCUUGGACAUGGUAUCGCGGGAGACGAUUGAGAAGCAAGGAAUUGCUCUGAUUGAAGGCACAGCCAAGGGUCCCGCUCGACUACACUACAUGGUUAAUCUCAACUACGCCGCCUGGCUUUACCUCCACGCAACAAUAUCCGGCACCAUUAGUCCAGCCAUGAAGCAACACCUCAUUCGAAGGCGAGAACACUACGAGGCGAAUCUCCUCGCAGCCGUCCAUUCCAUCGGUGUACUCGACGUGCCAAGCCUCUCGUUGUUCCAGGCGCUACUAUCUGGGACUAUGUUCAUGAUUCACACCGGAAGGGUGGAGAAGAGCUGGAACCUAAGCUCGGCAGCAUCGCGAGUCUGUGUUGCCCUCGGUGGACGCUAUUUCACCAACCUGGCCACGACCGCGAACAGCGCAGAAGCAACUGCCGCGCGGUACUGCCUAACGCUAUGCUUCAUGUUCGACAAGUCGCUCUCUCUCACCAUGAAUCGUGUCUCGGCUUUACCCGACAUCAACCUGAACGUGGCCAUGGUCACACCUUUUGACCCUUCCCGCCCGUACACUGCAUUACCCGACGUCUAUCUUGAGUUUGCGCUGGUACAAGACGAAAUCAUCAAGGGCAGGCAGCGCCGUCCCGAGGUCAAUCGGCAGAUGGAUGUCGUGCAGAGCCUUCAGCAGAAAAUGUGGCCCAUUGGUGAGAAGAUCCGCCAUUUCCGGUCAAAACCUCUGAACGAUCAGGACGCCUAUCUUGCUGCCGAAUGGAUCGGCGCCGAUUUUGUGUAUCACUCGAUUAUGACGGCCAUCUUUCGACUACAUCCAGGCCUCUCAGAAGACGGUGGUCUCCUUGACCAGAUGAUGGGCGUUGAGCCGACUGUGCCCAUCUUUACGGGAGGAGACAUGAGCAUGGCCUACGGUGGGCAGCCACACGGGUACGAUCCCAUGUCCCACAUCAAUACGCUGGGGGAGGAGGACCUGCUUUUGCAGUUGGGGAACACGCAUCCGUCCCUGGAAUGGAUCGAGGGUGCUUGGCCGACGUGA